GACCUGGGCUCGAAUCCCAGCAGCCACACCAAAUCUUUUUCCCUUUUUCCGCUUCCCUUCCCCCUCCAACGACGCCGUUUUCUUCCAAAUCUCCAAUCUCGAUCUUUCAUUUCUGCCCUCUCUUCGAUUUGUACACAGCACUCCCUCUCUCUUUCUCUCUCUCGCACCAGAGUCAGUCAACUGGUAGAAGAAUCGUCGUCGCAACCGCCGCCCCAAAAAUGAUUGAUGAUCAGGACCUUGGUUUCUUUGCUAAUUUUCUCGGCAUCUUUGUUUUUGCGCUGGUGAUCGCAUAUCAUUAUGUGGUGGCUGAUCCGAAAUAUGAAGGCAACUGAGUUUCUUUCUGUUAUCUGCAUGCUGCAAGAACGUCGUCCAGUUUAGUUUUUUCUGAUUGAGUUGUUUCAUAGAAGGCUAUACUGAUGUAGCUAAAACUUAUUGUCGACCUUCAUCAAACUUUUUGCUAUUUUUACAGUUUAUUCUCUCUC